AUGGAUUCUCCACAACAGAAUACGCACUACAUGGAUACUGCAUGGACAGCUGCAGAGUUGGCAGAACGUGGACGUGAAUAUUCUUCUAGAGCCAUGAGCACUGAUUCUUCCUCAUCUUCCAAUACUUCACCAGAGCAAAACAUGCAAAACCAAAACCCUUCAAACCCUGAAUCCAACCCUCAUCAUCCUGCAAGUCCUUAUUUCAUCCAACCUGGUGAAGGAGCUUCUUCUCUGUUAGUUCCCGAGCUGUUGACAACAGAAAACUAUGUCACCUGGGCACGGACCAUGCGUCGAGCUCUCAAUAUCAAAAACAAACUCGGUUUCAUCGAUGGUAAAAUCACUAAACCCACCAAUGCAUCUGAUCCUUUUUUUACGGCAUGGGAAAGAUGUAAUGAUAUGAUAAUUUCUUGGAUUCAACACUCUGUAAGUAUCGAGCACAGACCAACUAUUGCACAUGCUGACAAUGCUGCUACCGUAUGGCAUGACCUUUGUGAACGAUUUUCCAUUCAAAAUGCACCACGCAUUUUUCAGCUUCGGAAAGCAGUUUCUGCUUUGAUCCAAGAUGAUGAUUCUGUGAGUAUUUAUUACAAUAAACUCAAAGGAUAUUGGGAUGAACUAGAAAUAUAUGAACCAAUGCCUCUAUGUACAUGUGGUUCUGUCAAGAUCUUGGCAGAUCACCACUACCGGAGUAAGGUUAUGCAAUUCUUAAUGGGGAUUCAUGACUCUUAUGAUAACAAGUCAGCAAUACUCCAGCCAUUAUUUACAGCUCAUAACAAUCGUAACUAA